ACUGCGGUUGUCUGCGGCUCCAGAUCACCAUGGGCGUCUCAAUCAGGAUGCUGGGCUGGCUGCUGCUGGCCGGGAUAGCGUCCGUCACCCACGGCCAGAAGCUCGCCGAUUCCUACAUUCCGCCGCCCACGGGCACCGGCGGCACCGGCGGACGAGUCUGUCCGCCGGCGCAAACCCUAUACCGGACGGUGACCCGCCCUUUCACAACGACGGUGGUGGUGCCAACUACACAGGUCAACCCGGUCGUGAGUGUAUACACGGCACUCCUUACCAGAACCAACACCGUCACAAUCCCCCGCACCGUCGUACAAACCAGCUUCGUCCAGGUCACGUCCGUCAUCAACGUGGUGAGCACCAACCAGCAGCAGCAGCAGGUAGUGGAGACCGUGCGCGCGCCUGACGUCUUCAGAACCCGGGUGGUGACCAGCACGGCGGUAAGCACCGUGCUCCGCACCGUGGUGCAAACCGAGUACCAGACCAGCACCGUCUACAGCACGGACGUCCAGACAAGUUAUCGCACAGUCACGCAGCGGGUGACAUACUCGGCACUGCCGCCGUUGACGCAGACGCAGGAAGUGACCCGGACGGUGCCUGGACCGACCGUGGUGCGGACCGAGUACGUCACCAGCACCGUGUAUAGCACGCGCGUCCUGCCCGCCCAGACCGUCUUCGUCACCCGGACGCAGACGCAGACGGUGGAGACCACGCGCGUCGUGCAGCGGCCUGGCCGGACCAUCAGCGUGACGCAGACCGUCACCGUGCCGCGCCAGGAGGUGGUCCGCACCACCGUGUUCGUGCCGCAGGUGCAGUACAGCACGCGCACCCAGUUCACGCAGGUGCUGCAGACGGUGCAGAGCGUACAGCUGCAGACCGUGCGGACCACCAACGUGCAGUACAGCACGAGCUACACGCAGCGCGUGCAGCAGACGACCGUCAACGUCCCCGUGCAGACGACCCAGUAUCAAGAGCAGGUUGUCAGUCGCGUCGUCACGCGGCCUGCCAGCACUCGCAAUGUGCAGCAGCUCGUGAGCGUGGUACGCACGGUCACACUGCCCGGCCCGGUCGUCACCAGAGUGUCGGUUACCACUGUGUUGCAGCAGCAGGUCUCCACUGUCAGGGUCACUCGGACCAACUACAACGUGAUUGUCUCCACCAAGUACGUCGAGGACUGUGAUGGAUACAACUACAAUGAGCCGAGCAGGCGGCUGUUGCUCUGAGCGGUCGGCGGGCGGCCGGGCCAGUCGCCGGCUCGCCAGACAGCGUUUGUAGCUGCCGCCGGCGAGGGGCUGCAAUGGCCCCAACGAGUUUCGGCAUGACACCGAGCGUGUCUGACGCAGGCCGCGCGCGCACAUCAGCACCGAACACGCGUGACAUGUCUGAAUAAAUGUGCGCGAUGA